GGGAGGAAAACUUCCUACGCAUCUGGUAACGCGAGCAGUUCCGGCUUCUCACGUUUCCCAGUUUUUGGGACAGCUUGACUAUAUUCCGUCGACGGCGGAUAUGUUGGGUAAAACAAGAGAAGACUUCAUGACGGAGGACAAUGAUCAGAAGGAUGAGAUCUAGGAACGAUGGAAGUUCCGUUCUGGAGCCUUGGAAUCUUCGGACCAAAGCCGUACUUCUUCUGUUCUUGUCUGGGUGGGCUUACGCACAUCAAGAUAAACACUUGCUAGCAUUAUUUAACGAAGGACUUUACUGCUAUGACCAAACUCUGCGGGCUGGUUAUAUGUGGGUGAAGUGAGUCCGAUCGAUUCGGGAAGAGGCCGACUGUCUCUUGGCCUGUUCUAGCUCAGCAACAGCAAAGUCUAUCAACCUAGUCAGGCUGGGGCACAGUGGUUUGCGAAUCAGGGAACGCUGGAUGGCUGGUGGCGUAAAGGAUUGACCCCCCUUUACCCCGGCAUGCAGUGACUCGAGAUUAUAUGUUGUGAGCCGGAUUCACAUGAGACGUCGCCCUGGGGGCGUCUAUGGGAAUACUCGUAGUUACCGGACUCACUUUAGAGCAUAAGAUAGUCUCACUUUGUGCCAUUUCCGAGGGAAAUGGCUGCCAUGGAUCUAGACCCACAAUGGGUUGUUGAUAGACCGCGUGACACCGUUGAAGAUGGGACCAUAGACGGAAACUGCUUGGAAGUAAGCGGGUUUCGCUCGCCGUUAUGGUUAUGUCUAGAUAGGCUUCGCCUAGCGACACCAUUAGGAUUGACUUAUGUCUGCGCAUUGGUCAUGGAAGUCUUUGAGAGCGUUGCGGAGGAUAUCCGAUCCUACGCCAGACGUGGUCUGCAGUUGGAUGUAGCAGCCGCGCCUUGCGGGUGCGAAUCUGUUGGAAUGUCAGAAGACAGGACCUUGCUGUCGCAGCGAGUAUAGCAAGGACGCUUGCUCUGGUGCGUGAUGGAAGGUCGUAACUGGGGUGGCAGUACAGGGAGCCUUACGGACUUGUCUGUCUGCUGACUGGCCAGGCCUUGGGUGCUCUUCGAGCACUAGCCUCAUGUGGGUUAGGUGUCUAGCGUUAGCACAAUGACACAGUAUCAUCCUUCCUUCGGUUGGAUCUUGGUAUAGUUUGCAUGAUGUGAUGCUUUGCAGGUGUUGCAUUAUGUGACCGGACAGCACAUUCACGAGGUGGGUGCUGACGCGGUGCUGCGAAGGAGGGGCAGCACCGACCUGGCCCGAGGUGUCCAACGGGUGCGUCCAUCCGCUGCGCGGGUGGGCGGAUGGAGGAUCUGCGAUCUCUCCUUGACUAUCUUGACUUCAAUGCACUACAUAACGAGAUCAUGGCAUUCGCCUGGUGUAAGUAGACUGUGCAGGAACUGGUGACAAGUCAGAUGCUUCUGGUGAUGGAGCUGCAAGGCAACUCACGUUGUUGCAGUGACUCUCACGCGGGAGGAGCGUUCUAGGAAAGCAGCGAUGUUCAAUGUGAAAGAUAGUGAGACUAUCUUAUCUUGUUCUGAGUAUGGUAAAGGCGUGACUUCUACUAUGAAUGAUUAGAACAUGCUUUAUUGCCUCUAAUAUCUGCCGGGUGGAGCACCAGCAACUGCGAGUAAAGCGUCUUCGCGUGCGAUGCUGACUGUCUCUACUACGUUGGCGACGCUGGUAUUGGGUGCUAUCGGAACGCUUUUCUUCGCGGAUAUUGGCCGUUCGGCCUUGCUGGUUUAAAUAAUUGGUGUUUUUCGUUGAACUAGAACGUUGAAGGAAAAAGUAGAAGAAAUAGAAAGACUCCAGUAGAAGAAGAAGAAGUAUGUAUGGUUUUGAUUUGAAAAAUUUCCAUAGAAGAUGUUUUACGACGACAAGGUGCUUAAAUAGUCUUCAGUACUAGAGCAUCUAGUAGUACUGGCUGGCAUUUUAAGUAGUCCCGUCGACAGUUUCGGAAUACUGAUCUGGGCAUCCUACCAUAAUUCAGGAGUGGUCGCUUUCACCUACCUGAUGUUGUGGCCAAUUAGUUCCAUGGUGUUUCUAUCCAGAUAACUUCUAUGUAUUUAGAAAGAAUUCGAGUAACAGUAAUUCAUUGUUGACAACAUGAACCUGAUAAUGUAAUGUGAAGAAAAAGACGGUAGAGUGUAGUUUCUUUGAGUCAGUACGUUAUCCUCUGAAUCUUCGGUUCCUGUCUUCUGGUCAGUGAACCAUGUUCGUUUAGGAAGAUCCUCUCGGCACAGGAGAGAAGAUCAGAACAUGCUGGUCUCUUUAUGCGAAAAAGUAAUAAGUAGAGAAAAAAUAGAUAUAGAUUGACAGUUUGUAUUAUUGGCCGCAUUUCAAAACAAAAUUGAAUUUCCAACACAGUUCGAUUUUCCUCUUAUAAAUAUAUAAAUGUACAAGUAGAUUCUUGUGAACAAGGAUACGCAUAAUGUGAAGUAGAGGACGGCAAGUAAGCAUAGGCAUCCAUAGCCAACGUCAACCGGACCACGAAUACCAGCGGAUAUCCAUGCUCUACUAAGAUGAAGAAGAUCUUCAGGAGCCGCUCACGUCUGCCAGUUUUCCUGGUAGGCCCACACCUAACCUAACCAAGAUGCUAAAUUUUGACUUUGUCAGAUAUCUUCUUCUACUGUCGUUCUUGGACAACAUUCUUUGUUCUUCACCUAGCAUCCGCAUUGCUCAAUAUGUUGGAGGCUGGUCUACAGGUGCAUUGUUGCCCACGAUCUAGUUGUAGUAGUAAUAGUAGGUGCAUUUUUGCGGUUCGAAGAUUUAGUUCUAAACUCCUUACAGAGUUCAACGUCGACCGUCGGUUCUCAGUUGUCUUAGAAGUCGUGUGUCCUCUGGAUGUUGACUAAGGUGGUUCUCAACAAAAACUAUGUACUAUUUACUCUUGCACACACUCCUCACAUCGUGGUAAUGGCCUUCGACGUCUUCUAUAGUUUACGAAUAAGUCGUAUCUAAAGGUAUUCGAACAUGAACUAUAAAGCUGCGGGGGCCCCCGUCUUUUACUUGAGUUGUUGCUUGUGCAUCAAGUCUUUGUGUUAAAAACAUACAAAUACUAAGUACGACUACUACAACAUAGAAGUAUCAAUUGGAAGAGCAUAUUAUAGCAUAGAAGAUAGUGACAGACUUACAAAAAAUAGACAAUAGGAAUGUGAUUUUGAUUAGGAUAAAGAAAGAAGAAGUGACCAACAUGUAAUCGAAGCUCCUGCUUCAGGUGCCCUUCGAGCUCGGCUAAUAAAAGAUGUUCUCCUAGUUCUACGUAGUCGAUAUCUUCAAGAACAACAACAACAAGAACUUAGAAGUAAUAUAUUUAUAUAAAAACUGUAUGUCAUGAGAACGAGUGGUCAGUCGUAAAGAACCAGGAAGAAUGGUUGCAUUCGAAGAUUUUUUUCUUUCAUCUCCUUUUAGUUUUAGUAUUUACUAGAACUAGUAGUUCUUGUACUUCUAUGGGGAUUAUUCUGAGAUUUUUUUUUUCAAUAGAACAAGUAGUAUGUAUCAACUUCAAACAGUAUCUUCACUUCUUGAUCGGGGACAUAAAAAUUUGCAAACACUAGUGUUUGUUCACAUUCAUCUUCACACGUUUUUCUACAUAGCAAAUAAGUGCCGUUAGUCACUGAUUGUCACUUAGAAUUGUCUUGUGUGAUGUAGAUAGAAGUAGAACUAGAAAACUGUGACUGUCGACGACGGCGACUGUGACUGUCGACUUGCAAGCCUGCUGUGCCUUAUUCGAACUACACGUAUCUAGUAUCACCUGAAAAAUUCCUUUACCUCUUGCUGGUGACAUGACUUGUUUCCGCUCGACGAUUUUUUGCUGACAAACUAGCGGGACAACUAGCUACCUUAAAAAGGGAAAAGGUAGUUCUUCUUUGCGAACCUUGAGCGAGCAAGGGGAAAGAGCGGAAAUAAGAGCCUUCUUGAGCAAGCAAGGCAACUGCAUUCAUCUUCGAAGACAAGGAGCUGCCUUCGAUGAGUCCUAAUUUCUUUGUCAAGGCUUUCCUGAUUUGUCCAUGAUGAAGGCACCACUAGUUGUCCAGAAUGAAGAAGAUUCUGCGAAGACCUCAAUCGUUCUUUAUGAAUGGAAGAAAAGUAAAUCAUUGCUCCCACAUGAUGUUGAUGGACAAGAAAGAAUGCGUUCUCUCGUCCUUAUAGAUGAACAUGAACUAAGAAAUAAGUAAGCAUAUUACGAACAAUCACUACAUAGAAUCCGAAUAUUUUUAUUCUUAUCAGGUUCGUUGAGGAAAGACAGGGAUUGAAGAUCUUCUACUUCUUCAUGAUCUUUCUACUUGGGUAACGACUCCUGUGUUCAAGG